AUGUCAUUAUCCGUUGUGUGGCGCCAUUCUGCAAAGCCAGAAACUUAUGAAGAAGCACGUACUCAACGCCUGUUUAACCGCGCCAUACCCAAAAGAUAUCCAGUAGCCAUUGCAUUCGCAAAAGCCGAGUCGGACAUUGUUGACGCGGUAAAACUAGCUAUUGAGAAAGGAUGUCGAGUUUCAGUCCUCUCCGGCGGACAUAGCUUUCCUGCCUGGAGCGUUCGCGAUGAUGCUAUGCUACUAGACCUUGGAAAUUAUUCGAAUACCUCCUUUGACGAAGAGACGGGGGUUGUCAGCGUUUCUCCAAGCACGACCGCUCGGGCUUUGAAUGAGUACCUCACCGCGAGGGGUCGGAUGUUCCAGGUUGGCCACUGUCCUGAUGUAGCUGGCGGGGCCCUAAUUCGAGCAGACGCACGACAAAAUAGCGACCUCUUUUGGGCUGCCAGAGGAGCGGGCCCUGGAUUCCCUGGCGUUGUCACUCGAUUUCACCUGCGGACUCGGCCGGCUAUAAAAGAGGUCCCAUUUACUCCCGAAGACGGUAUCGAAGCUAUUGCCAUUGGCAGCUAUCCUCCAGGAGAAGAAGAGCCAUGCCUUACAAUUGCGCUUGUCGGCUUUGGCGAGGAUAAGCAUACUCUAGAGCAGGCAUUGCAGAAGGCCGAAGACUCCCGCCCACCCGGUGCAUUAACUCAUUCUGUCGGCACAGAAACAAGCCUCAGCGAAUUACUGGAGAGUAAAGCCGAUGCCUAUCCACACGGACACAGGUAUUAUGUUGAUAAUGCCUAUCUCAAAAACGAUGCGGAUGUCGUCGCCGUUCUCGCGCAAGCGUUCACGACAUUACCUACCAAGACGUCCCAAGUGUUCUGGACGGGGAUGAAGCCUUGCAGCAGACGACAGCUACCGGACAUGGCCCUUAGCCUCCAAUCCGAUCACUUCUUCGCACUUUACGGCAUAUGGAGUCAUGAAAGUGAGGACUCAACAUGUAAAGCCUGGGCCGGUGCUGUUAUGAAGGGGAUUGAACCACAUUCUGUUGGAGCGUAUGGGGGGGAGUUUGAUUUUCAGGAACGGAGAUCGGAGGUCUGGGGUAUUGAGCAGACUAAGAAACUAUCGGAAAUUCAACGGCGAUGGGAUCCUGAUGCUCGAAUUUGUGGUUGCCUUGGGUUGGAUGGGGCUUCGUGA